CCUCCUGGACAAAAUCCGGACAAGUGGUGAAUCUCGCACUCACUCCGCGUUCACCUUUCCUCCCUUCAUCACCAUCCUCUCAUUAUCAUGGUCAACCUCCAGCAGUAGUCACUUUUUCGUCUCACUUUGUCUCACCUCCAGUUUCACUUCGCAUUUCAACAACCAUAAUUUUAUCCAAGCUUUCGUUUUCUUGCUAUAACUGAGACUCGUAAAUAUUACCCUUUAAAAAUCUCAUUAAAAAAUAUUUAGCUCUUUCUUUAUGCGACCCACGAGUCGGUCGGUGUUGUAAGCCACCUUACAUUCCAGGACGACAUUACUCAAGAUCCGGUUCUAAAGAAACAAUAGGAUUGUUAUAUAAUCGAUUACAAGACAUGUUACAUAUCCACGAGUUUGAUUAAUAGGACAAUUAAAAAGAACAAGAACAAUUAAAAAGUUGAGAAUAAAAGUAUUUACUUAGUAUUAUGUAUGCGGCAAGAAAAUAGUGAAUGAGAAGGUGACGUCGGUAUAAAACAAGGGAAAAAGUGAGACCUAGACGAGGAAAAGAUUGAUUGAUUAUCUGGACGACAACUUGAGAUUCUGGGUUUUUUUAAGAAAAGUCUCAAUUUCUUGAGAUCAUCAAAAUGGAUCAAUUAAUUUCUUCUUCGUCCUCCACGGACCUCGAAGCACCGUCGAAUCAUCUCAACUGGGUGGAUUUCGCCGUCAUUGCGGUCUACUUCAUAUUCGUUUUGGGGGUCGGACUUUACUCCUCCUUCCGAAGUAAACGGUCCAGUGUGCAAGGCUACUUUUUGGCAUCGCGUAGCAUGCAUUGGCUUCCCGUGGGGGCAUCUCUUUUCGCCUCCAACAUUGGAAGUGGCCACUUCAUCGGACUUGCUGGCUCGGGGGCAGCUUCUGGAAUUGGCAUUGCGUCCUUUGAACUCAAUGCCAUAUUUGUGAUAUUGAUUCUUGGCUGGAUAUUCGUCCCGGUGUACAUGGCUGCUGGAGUUUACACGAUGCCGGAAUAUCUUCGACUGAGGUUUGGAGGACAACGGAUCCGCGUCUAUCUCGCAGUGUUGGCCCUGAUUCUCUACGUCUUCACUAAAAUCUCGGCGGAUCUGUAUGCGGGAGCACUGUUCAUCCAGCUGGCCCUCGGAUUUGGGGGGGACGAAGGUCUCUACAUUUCGAUUCUCAUCCUCCUCGCGAUUGCUGCCCUCUUCACGAUCGCUGGUGGUUUGACGGCCGUCAUGUGGACCGAUUUCGUGCAGACCAUUCUCAUGAUUAUUGGAGCAAUGAUUCUCAUGGUUCUCUCCUUCAACGCUGUCGGCGGAUAUCAAGAACUGAUUCGAAAGUACAUGGAUGAAUCUGAACCUUCGCCGAAUGCCACGCUGUAUGACGAGUUCAACAAAAGCUGCGGUGCUGUACCUCGAGACGCGAUGAAUCUGUUUCGCUCCGUUCACCCUGGCGAGUCUGACCUUCCCUGGACCGGAGUUAUUUUUGGAAUGACGAUCUCCUCCAUUUGGUACUGGUGUUCGGAUCAGGUCAUCGUGCAGCGCGUCCUCGCCUCGAAGAACAUGAUAAAUGCGAAGGGAGGUUGUCUCCUGGCUGGCAUGCUGAAACUGCUGCCCCUCUACCUCCUCGUAUUUCCAGGCAUGGCUGCCCGAGUGCUGUACACGGAUCGAGUGGCCUGUGCAGACCCAGAAGUUUGUCAAGAUGUCUGCGGAUCCACGACGGGAUGCACGAACAUUGCAUAUGCCGAAUUGGUCAUUAAGCUGAUGCCUACGGGCUUAUCUGGAAUGAUGUUGGCCGUCAUGAUGGCUGCUCUGAUGAGUUCUCUCACUUCCAUCUUCAACUCGAGCUCCACCAUUUUCACCAUCGAUAUUUGGACGCGUCUCAGGAAAAACCCGUCAGACACGGAACUCGUCAUCGUGGGCAGGUUGUUCGUUCUCGUCCUCGUGGUCAUCAGCAUAGUUUGGAUCCCCAUAAUUUUGGCGUAUCGAGAGUCGCAGUUGUUCAAGUACAUUCAAAGCAUCACGUCAUACCUGGCUCCCCCGGUUUGCGCAGUUUUCUGCAGUGCCGCCUUCAUCACGAGGGCGAAUGAACAGGGAGCAUUUUGGGGACUCAUGACCGGCUUGGCACUUGGACUUUUCCGUUUUGUGAUGGAAUUCUCAUUUCAAUCUCCAACUUGUGGAUCUGGUGAGGUUGACAGCCGUCCAGAAUGGGUUCGGGCAUUUGUGGACGAUAUUCACUACCUGCACUAUGGCUGCAUCAUAUUCAUAGUGACGCUGGUCAUCACCUACGUCGUCAGCAUCCUGACACCUCCAAUCGAUCCGGAAAAGUUACAUCGUCUCACCUUCUGGACGAGACAUAGUCAGCAAGUACGAAAGCCAAUUGAUGAUUAUGACGAGAAGAAGAAAUCGGACGCUGGCUCGGAUUCAACACCAAGAUAUGAUGCGGAUUCCAUGAAGGAAGGCUCCUGCUCCAAAUUUAUGCACUGUAUUUGUGGUGUGGAUUCGAAAGCGGCUGCUCUUGCUGAAUCACUGGAGCAAGGACCCAAACUGACUCCGGAGGAGGAGGCAGUCGCAGCAUCUAAAUUCCUCGAUGAGGAACAAUUCUGGAAAAGGUUUGUCAACUCCACGGCAAUCCUGCUGAUGACGGCAGCCGUCUUUAUGUGGUCGUUCUAUGCUUAAGCUUUUACUUUUUACAAUUAUUUUUUCAUUUACCGGAAUUUUCACUGGAAUUUUAAUAUCUCUGUUUUGUUAAUUCGAUAUUAUGACGAAAGAUCUUUUAGCAUUGUGCUUCAUAGUGCAGCUCAUACGAGUUAUUUAUGAGUGGCUAUUAUACCUUAGUUUCAACAUUAUGUAGCAGUCUGCUAGACAAAUAGGGCUUAGGAAUUAUGGUCAAUACUUGUUACUUGUGAUAAAUGUAAGUACUGUUAAAAUUGCCAAUGUAUCUGUAUCUGUACCUGCAGAAGAGUAGCGUAGAUUACUCACACACACAUAUUUCGGAACCUGACUGUACAGAAAAAAAUACAAAAUAUUUAUUUAUUGUUCUCCAACCGUAUACGUAUCACACACAAACCUGGUCUUAUUUUACUGUCCGAUCAAAAUAAAUCGAUCAAUUACAAUCAA